AUACUAUAGAGCUUAUUUUGCCAAAAAUUUUAGAACUAAACAAGGCCUAUGAUGUGACGUUGCUGGGCAAUUCCCCACCUGAACGGCUGAACCUCAGGGGGCCCAAAUCGAGAGUUUUCGGCACAAAUCCUAGCGCGCGCAGCAGCUUCUCCGCCCGUUUCCCAUGCCCGCCCACCGCCGCCACCUCUGCUUCCUCCGCGCACUCGUUGGGCUCCGCUCCACCGGCGCUGCCACCGCCGCCGCUGGCUUCUCCUCGGCUCCUAGCCGCGGGUGCCCACUCCACGCCGCGCUAGCGCGCCGCGGCGCCCCCGCGGCCGUCGCGCUUGCUCUCUUUUCCCGCAUCCGUGCCGCGACCUUGCCGACCCCCUACACCUUCUCCCUCCUGCUCGCCUCCCUCGCAGCCGCCUCCUCCUCCCGCUCCCCCACCCCCUCCGCUGCCGUCUGCGAUCGACUCGCUGCCGCGGGGCUUGCGCACGCGCAGGCGCUCAAGUGCGGCGCGCUCGCACACCCCGUCGUCACCAACUGUCUCCUCAAGCUCUACUGCGCGCUCGGCAUGCUCCCUGACGCGCGCAGGGUGUUCGAUACGAGCGGCGCCACCGCUCUGGACGUUGUCUCCUGGAACACGAUGGUGUCUGGGUACGGCAAGUGCGGGGACCUAGAGGCCGCGCGGGAGGUGUUCGUCAGAAUGCCCGAGAGGGGCCUGGUUUCCUGGAGCGCAAUGAUCGACGCCUGCGUGCGUACCGGGGAGUUCAGUGAGGCACUAAGGGUGUUUGAUCAGAUGACUGGAAAUGGGUUCAAGCCAGACGCCGUGGUGCUGGUGAGCGUGCUCAAGACUUGCGCACAUCUGGGCGCUCUUGAGAGGGGGCGGUGGGUUCAUAGGUUUCUCAAAGCAGAGAGGCUUGGGGGGAGGCCAGGGAAUGUCAUGCUCGAGACGGCGCUUGUCGAUAUGUAUUGCAAAUGCGGGUGCAUGAAUGAGGCGUGGUGGGUCUUUGAUGGAGUUCAGAGCCACGAUGUGGUGUUGUGGAAUGCAAUGAUUGGUGGGCUUGCAAUGAAUGGCCAUGGAAAGCGCGCACUUGAGUUGUUCAGAAGGAUGCUUGAUAAGGGGUUUGUGCCGAACGAGUCAACGUUUGUUGUUGCCUUGUGUGCGUGCAUCCACACAGGUCGUGUGGAUGAAGGGGAGGAUGUUUUCAGGUCCAUGCGUGACCAUGGCAUUGAGCCACGGAGGGAGCACUAUGGGUGCUUGGCUGAUCUCCUUGGACGUGCAGGGCUCCUGGAAGAAGCCGAGGGUGUGUUACUGGACAUGCCGAUGGAGCCACAUGCAUCACAGUGGGGGGCUCUAAUGUCAUCAUGCCUGAUGCACAAUAACGUUGGUGUGGGUGAACGUGUAGGAAAGAAACUUAUUGAGCUAGAGCCAGAUGAUGGUGGACGUUAUGUUGCUCUGUUCAAUCUAUAUGCAGUCAAUGGUUUAUGGGAAGAUGCAAAAGCUCUUCGGAAGAUGAUGGAAGAGAGGGGAGCCAAGAAGGAGACAGGUUUGAGCUUUAUAGAGUGGAAUGGUUUGGUCCAUGAGUUCAGGUCAGGUGAUACAAGACACCCCCAAACAAGGCUGAUCUAUGCAUUAUUGGAAGAUAUGGAGCAGAGAUUACAACUGAUUGGCUAUGUCAAGGAUACCAGCCAAGUGCUCUUGGACAUGGACAACGAGGAAGAUAAGGGAAAUACCUUGUCCUACCACAGUGAGAGGCUUGCAUUAGCAUUUGGUAUUCUAAACAUUCCCCAUGACAUGCCUAUUCGAAUUGUCAAGAAUCUUCGAGUGUGCCGUGACUGCCAUGUCCAUGCCAAACUUGUGUCCAAGCUCUACCAACGUGAGAUCAUUGUGCGUGACCGCCAUCGCUUCCACUUGUUCCGUGAUGGGGUUUGCUCCUGCAAUGACUUUUGGUGACAGUGCUACUGACUAUUGGGUGUGGCAUAGUUAUGGACAUCAUUCUGAAAACAGCAACUAGAAAGGAUGACCAUGACACCUGACUGCUACAACCAUGUAUUUGGAGGGUGAGACAUGAGAGAGAAUGCGGUCACUACUUCACUUAAAAGCUGGCCCCACAACAUGAAACUAAUUCUUGGUACUGGCUUCAGAAAAAAAAUGAUGGUCAGGUGCCGGUUGCUUCUGUAAUCCCAUUUCCUUUUACCUCUUGGCUCUGUAGGCGCUCCUCUAGAGGAAAACUUACUGGCAUCGUAAAUUCAUAUGAGCAAGUUGUCACCUUUUGGUUAUGAUAAUUUAAUACCAUGCAUUGGAUUUGGCAUUGGUAAGCAUACAGUCUUUUUUGCCAUCCUCUUUGGAUGAGUGGAUAAUAACCUUCAAAUUUCUUUACAGAAGACACGCAUGGAAUGUGAACCAACUUUAUCAAUCUGUUCAUUGUGCUGUGUGCUGAUACGAAAACCAGGGAUAGCCUGUACGAGAGGUUAGUGGAGCAGAUGGGAUGCUUAUGAGUAGGGAUGAAAACGGUACGGAUAUUUUUCGACCUUAUUUGAUACCGAAUUCGUUUAGAGGGAGAAAGAAGAGGUCGGGGAUGGCCUGUACGAGAGGUCGAUGGCCGGUGAGGAGGAAGAGGCACAUCAGCGAGCCAUGCCGGUUAGCAGACGGGCGAGCUGCACCGGUGAGCGCGCAGGCCGAGAUUGAGGGCGCAGAGCCUAGCCGCGCUGGCAUGGAGCCAAGGAGAGGCACGGGCCGGCGUCGCCGAAGGGUUGAGUUGCGUGGAGGCGACAACAGAUUCGGAGAGAGAGGAGCGACGCGGUUGGUGUUUAUCUUCUUUUCUUGUGAGAUGGCAUUGAAAUUAAACGAUUGGUGGGAAGAUAAUAUAAAUAACAUGCUGAUACAUGGA